AUGAGAAAUAAAUUGAAUUGUAUCAGCAAUUGUGCAACAGGUGCUACUGGCUAUUCCGCUCCACUAAUCUGGCAUUUUUGUACUGAUGCAUCAUCUGUACAGGGCAGUAGUGUUGGUCGACGAUCCGAUAUUAUCAAUGUGGGACAGAAUAGUGAUUUUAUCGUAGCUUUCGCGGAUAAUGCUUGGCGCCCAUUAGUAAUAUCAUCUGCUGCUGCCUGGUCGAUUGCAUCUCGUCUCAAUCUUAAGCUGAGAGCUAACAAUAGUGUGUACAACAGUGCCCCAGUAGCCACCAUGAUGUCGCCCAUCAACAUACCUGUUGGUAUUGCUCAAGUAAUUCAAGUUCCCAUCGGUAAUGCUGAUGGUGAUACAAUUCGAUGUCGCUGGUCCAAUGGGACCAAUGAAUGUGGUGAUGUUUGUCCACCUAGUUCUCUUCCCAAUAAUACAAUCAUAUAUCCAAACUGUACAAUUGUCAUCACUGGUAGAACAGCUAGAGAUUGGUUUGCCGUAGCUCUUAUGGUUAGGAUGUUUUAUGGUCAUUUCAAAAAUGGUCUCCUUCAUUCUUCUUGA